CCCCCCCCAUUUUCUAUUCUUCCCACUUACUUCUCGGCUUGACUAAAAAAUGCUUAACUUGCUCCAUUUGCCCCGACUAGCUGCUAUCGUGGGUCUUUGACCUACAGCAGUUCCGCUCUGGGCCUUGCGCCUUUUUCUUCCUCCCCUCCUUCUUUUGUCGUCACCGAUCGGCAGGCAACCCGCAGAUUCCCUGACUGUGAAUUCCAUCCCCUCCAUCCCCCAUCCACACCCCCCCGGGGCUGUCAUCCUUCCCCCUUGUCUAGUUGUCCCUUGAAUUCUCUGGAUACCCUUUCUCCCGAGAGUUUGGACAUCUCGACUGACGAUCCCCCUUCCCCUUUGUUCCGAUCUACUGCCUUUGUGACGGAGCGAGCUCCGUGCGCGUAACAUCGCAGGAUGUUUUCCUCCAUCUUGCGAUGGGCGAAUACCGUCACCUCGCGCAUCCCCUGGACAAAGGGUUUGCGGGUGAACUAUAUCACUAUCCACUAUACUUACAUCAUUACGAUGACAAUCCUGACCUCCGUCAUCAUCUUCCCCGGUUCCAGUCUCUCUUAUAUCAAUGCUAUCUUUCUCUCGACCAGUGCAACUACACAGAGCGGCUUGAACACCGUUGACUUGAACACCUUGAACACCUAUCAGCAGGUCUUCUUGUACGUGGCGUCUAUGCUGACCACCCCCAUCUUUAUCAACACCGUUCUCGUCUUUGUGCGCCUUUACUGGUUCGAAAAACGCUUCCAACACGUCGUCCGCGAUGCUCGAGCUCUCCGCUACACUCGCUCUCGCCAACGCACUGUUACCGAAGACAAGAACGGCACAAGUUAUGAUCGGGAGGAGGCUGGCGUCGGGAACCGUCCUAUCGUGGUGCUGCGGAAUACGCUAGGGAAGGUGCGCUCGCGCGGUCAAAGUGUCAAGUCACCCCAGGAGAACAGUUCGCCACCGGCAUCACCAACAACUCGACGGACCGAUGAGAACAAUGCGGAGGAUCCGGAGGCGGCCUUUGCUCGGAAGCUGGCGUUCGGAUUGGGGAAUGGGGUGGGGAGUCUGCGCGUUCCCGCGCAACUCAGCCCGGAACAUCACAUCGCAUUCUUGGAGAACCAGCGAAGGAACAAAGGAGCCUUGCGGAUCCCCAGUCCUCGGGAGUAUGAUCGGGGCGGUGUACCGCAGGUGUUGGAAGAAGACGAGGAUGCCGCACCGCCCGCCAAACCCGCAGAGAUGGAGUCCGACGCAGAGCGCAGUCCGGGUGACACCAGGGCUGGAUCCGGUAACGAGGAUGAAGCGGAUAGGAACAACGCGGAGGAUGACGAGGAGGAGGAUGCUCAGUCUCGCCGACUGGAUGGACCCCACAUCACUAUCAACGAACCCGAGAUGUUUCGCUCGCGCACGAGGAAUGAGACGUUUCCCCGCAUGGACUCUCGUCCCACAUUCAAAGAGACGAAGGACGAGACGGAUAAUUCUCCGCUAGCCCGAUCUACAACACGGCGGCCCACGUUCAGCAGCGUGUUUCGAUCCCUCACACAAGAGCGCGAACGGCCCACGCAGCCUUACCUGAGUUGGAAUGCCACCGUUGCUCGUAACUCCAACUUCGUUGAUUUGACCGAGGAACAGCGAGACGAACUAGGCGGAAUCGAGUACCGUGCGCUCAAAACCCUGGCGGUGGUCUUGAUUUCCUACUAUGUUUUGUUUCAUCUCUUGGGAAUCAUCUGCAUGGUCCCGUGGAUUAUGACCACCCAUUGGGGGUCGGUCGUCGAGCAGGCCGGACAGGGUCGUCCUUGGUGGGCCAUUUUCACCGCCCAGUCGGCCUUCAAUGACGUGGGAUUCACCCUCACCCCAAACUCGAUGAUGUCCUUCCAAGAUGCCAUUUUCCCCCUUUUGCUCCUGGGAUUCCUGGUUGUCAUUGGGAAUACAGGUUUCCCGUGUAUGUUGCGGUUCAUCAUCUGGGUUUCCUCCAAGUUCGUUCGUGCAGAGACCCCUCUGUGGGAGGAACUGCGGUUUCUCCUCGAUCACCCUCGUCGGUGCUUUACCCUUCUCUUUCCCCGAAACGCUACUUGGUGGCUCUUUGCAAUUCUGGUGUUGCUGAAUGGAAUUGACCUGAUUUUCUUCAUCAUUCUUGAUCUGAAUGACUCAACCGUCACAUCCUUGUCGCCCGGUAUUCGGGUCCUGGAUGGCUUGUUCCAGGCUAUCUGCACACGAACUGCUGGCUUGACAGUUGUCUCCAUCUCAGACCUUCAUCCCGCGGUCCAAGUAUCAUACUUGGUUAUGAUGUAUAUAUCCGUGUUUCCUAUCGCCAUCUCCCUACGACGCACCAACGUCUACGAGGAGAAGAGCUUAGGAAUCUACGCCGGCGAGGAAGAGGAUGGGGAUGAUACCCAGACCCCGCCCAGCUACAUCGGCGCUCACUUGCGCAAACAGCUGAGUUUUGAUCUGUGGUACGUGUUCCUGGGGCUCUUCGUCAUCACCAUCGUCGAAGGCGCGCGCCUCCAAGCCCAGGACGACUACUCGUUCCAGAUCUGGUCCGUGCUGUUCGAGGUCGUCUCGGCCUACGGCACCGUGGGCAUGUCCCUGGGCUAUCCCGGGAUCAACGCCUCGUUCUCCGCCGAAUUCCACGUACUCUCCAAACUGGUCAUCAUGGCCAUGCAGAUCCGCGGCCGGCACAGAGGUCUGCCGUACGCUCUGGACCGUGCCAUUCUGCUGCCCUCGGAGGCGCUCAAUCAAAACGAGAUUGCCGACGCGGAGCGCCGCAUGCGCCGCCGUGCAUCGAGUCUGAGUCAGAUGUCCAUCGACCGUGACCGCGACCAGACCCAGCCCCAGAACCCGCCGGAGCAGAGUGCCACCACAGGCCAUGACCCUCGGGACCACUACCCUCGGCACUCGAUGCAAGGAGACGGAAUCAUCCGUCGUCACUCAACUCUGCGCUCUCAGCGAUCUCAGCGUGUUUAAUAGCAUUUUUUUUGGAAGGGGAGGUGGCUGGGGAGCUUCCAUUUCUGGCGAAAUUCCAGUGGUACCUAUAUCUAUUACACUGCGUUGGGAGAGACCCAUCAGACCUUUUUUUUCCUUCUCUCAAAGCCUCUCAUUCUUAGCGUGUUCGUUUUCGUUCUCUAUACCUUUUCGAGAGCAUGUCGGGGUGUCGAUAUGCAUACAGUUAUAUUCUCUGUCGCUUACGAUGUUUAUAAAGCUCAUGGCGGGAUCUCUGAUAUUAUUUGUACAUACACCAACACGUAUACAGGAUAUUUCCGGGACAGG